GCCGCUGUGGCGGCGGCGUAAAAACGGCGGGCAUGGUGGGGCGGCAGAAGGAGCUCUCCAUUCACUUUGUUCCCGGGAGCUGCCGGCUGGUGGAGGAGGAAGUUAACAUUCCCAGCAGGCGGGUUCUGGUUACUGGUGCCACCGGGCUUCUUGGCAGAGCUGUAUACAAAGAAUUUCAGCAGAAUAAUUGGCAUGCCGUUGGCUGUGGUUUUAGGAGAGCAAGACCAAAAUUUGAACAGGUUAAUCUUUUGGAUUCUGAGGCAGUUCAUCACAUCAUUCAUGAUUUUCAGCCCCAUGUCAUAGUACAUUGUGCAGCAGAGAGAAGACCAGAUGUUGUAGAAAAUCAGCCAGAUGCUGCUUCUCAACUUAAUGUAGAUGCUUCUGGGAAUUUAGCAAAGGAAGCAGCUGCAAUUGGAGCAUUUCUCAUUUACAUUAGCUCAGAUUAUGUAUUUGAUGGAACAAAUCCACCUUACAGAGAAGAGGACAUACCAACUCCCCUAAAUUUGUAUGGCAAAACAAAACUAGAAGGAGAAAAGGCUGUCCUGGAGAACAAUUUAGGUAAGACUGUUUUGAGAAUUCCCGUUUUAUACGGGGAAGUUGAAAAGCUUGAGGAAAGUGCUGUGACUAUUAUGUUUGAUAAAGUGCAGUUUAGCAACAAGUCAGCGAACAUGGACCACUGGCAACAGAGGUUCCCCACACAUGUCAAAGAUGUGGCCACUGUAUGCCGGCAGCUAGCAGAGAAGAGAAUGCUGGAUCCUUCAAUUAAGGGAACCUUUCACUGGUCUGGCAAUGAACAGAUGACUAAGUAUGAAAUGGCAUGUGCAAUUGCAGAUGCCUUCAACCUACCCAGCAGUCACUUAAGACCUAUUACUGAUAGCCCUGUCUUAGGAGCACAGCGUCCACGAAAUGCUCAGCUUGACUGUUCCAAAUUAGAGACCUUGGGCAUUGGCCAGCGAACACCAUUUCGAAUUGGAAUCAAAGAAUCACUAUGGCCUUUCCUCAUUGACAAGAGAUGGAGACAGACAGUCUUUCAUUAGUUUGUGUUUUUUGUUUGUUUGUUUGUUUGUUUUUUAAUGAAAAGUACGGUAUGUGGCACUUUUUAAAGAAAAAAGGAAAUAGUUUUGUAUGAGUAUUCUUUAAUUGUGACUUAUGAUCUUUCAGGUAAAUGAUGCUCUUGCACUAGUGAAAUUGUGUAAAGAAACUAAAGGGCAAUGAUGCCUUGUUUGCAGUAAUGAUUUUUUCUGUUUAUCAUUUUGUUUGUUCUGGCUUACCAUGGGGUUUGAGCAUAAUAAAUUAUGACUCUUAAAUAUUUGAGAGCCAGGAUGAAACAGAUCUGCUGUAGACUUCUUUUCGGAUGAAAUGCAUUUACUCUCACAACCUCCGUAUUUUCAGGUUUUUUGCAAUUGUUGAUCCUUUUAUGUUGAUUAUUUUAAGUGUGUGAAAUAGUAUAAAAAUCAUUGGUGUUCAUUAUUUACUUUGCUUGAGCUCAGAUCAAAAUGUUCGAAGAAAGAAACUUUAUUUUUGGAACUUCACUACGGUUUUUAUGCUUGAGAUAUUUCAACAUGUUAUGUAUAUCAAAACUUCUACAACUUGAUGCUGCCUGCUUUUGUAGCAGUGUAUGGUGAACACUUGAGGGAGUGUGUGUACAUGUAUUUUUUUAAUAUAAAUAUAUAACUGUCCUUACACUCCAUGUUGCUAAGUGAUACUUCACAUGUGUGGUUAUAGUGAUAAUAGUGGGCCUUGUAAGUUUUUGACCGUUCAUGAAUAAUAAUAAAUAUGUACUGCCAGCAUGUAAUGC